CUGGACUCGAUGUCGGCCUUGGCUGACCUUGGCUGGGAGGCUUACCCUAAUGAGGGGUGGGAGGAGAUCAGUGUGAUGGAUGAGAGGAACACCCCAAUGAGGACCUACCAGGUGUGCCGCGUCAUGGAGGCCAACCAGAACAACUGGCUGAGGACGCGUCACAUCAGCCGAGAGGGAGCGCAGCGGGUCCACAUUGAGAUCAAGUUCACCCUGAGGGACUGUAACAGCCUGCCCGGGGUCCCUGGUACCUGCAAGGAGACAUUCAACAUGUACUACUACGAGUCAAACAAUGCCAACCUGUGGUUCAUCAAGGAAAGCCAGUAUGUGAAGAUCGAUACAAUUGCUGCAGAUGAGAGUUUUACACAGGUGGACGUCGGCGACCGCGUCAUGAAGCUGAACACAGAGGUGCGCGACAUCAGCAAUCUGAGUAAAAAGGGUUUCUACCUGGCCUUCCAGGACCUGGGCGCCUGCAUCGCUCUGGUCUCAGUCAGGGUCUUCUACAAGAAGUGUCCCCUCACGGUGCUUAACUUGGCCCAGUUCCCCGACACAAUAACGGGCGGAGACACGGCGCUGGUGGAGGUCCACGGUGUGUGCGUGAAUGCCUCCGAGGAGUUUGAGGCGCCAAAGAUGUACUGCAGUGCAGACGGAGGCUGGCUGGUUCCCAUCGGGAGGUGUGUGUGCAAACCGGGCUUCGAGGAGAACAAGGACGUCUGCCAGCCAUGCAGACCCGGUACCUACAAAGCUUCAGCCACAGACGCCUACUGCACCAAAUGUCCUCCUCACAGCUCGUCCCCGCAGGAACAAGCCAUCGAGUGCGUUUGCGAGAAAGGUUUCUAUCGUGCUGAGACAGACCCACGCUCCAUGGCCUGCACACGUCCUCCAUCCGCUCCAGAGAACCCCAUCUCCACAGUGAACGAAACCUGCAUCACCUUGGAGUGGUCGCAUCCCAGAGAAACAGGGGGCCGAGGGGACAUCACCUACAGCCUCCACUGCAGGAAGUGCUCCGGUGACGGCAGGAAGUGCACACCGUGUGGUAGCAGCAUCCAUUUUGUUCCUAGACAGUUCGGCCUCUCGUCAACCACCGUGCUGGUCACCGACCUGCAGCCGGACUCCAACUACAGCUUCACUGUUGAGAGCCAGAACGGAGUGUCGGACUUAAGUCCUACACCAAGAGGAACUGUAGUCAUCAAUGUGACUACAUCACAGACAGUGAGCGUUGUGUUGAAGGAGAGGCGAAGCAAGGACAGUGUGACUUUGGCCUGGCAGGGUCCAGAGAGACCCAACGGAGCAAUAGUGGAGUAUGAGGUCAUCUACUAUGAGAAGAAUCAGCGGGAGCAGAACUACACAGUCUUGAAGACUCGCUCCAACAUGAUGACAGUGGACGGGCUGAAGCCAGGGACCACAUACGUGUUCAGGGUCCGGGCCAGAACCGAUGGGGGCUAUGGGAGCUAUGGUGGAGAGAUUGAAUUGGAAACCAGCCACGAAGAUGUCUUUGCUAUCGGGGACCCUAACCAGUCCACCAUUCUCGCUGUGUCCAUCGCCGGAGGAAUCGUUCUCCUCAUCUUCCUGGUGACUUGCUUCGUUGUCAGUGGAAGGCACUGUGGAUACAUCAAAGCCAAGCAGGACCCCGAUGAAGAGAAGAUGCAGUUCCAACAUGGCCGAGUCAAGCUGCCAGGCAGCAGGACCUACAUCCAUCCUCACACCUACGAAGACCCCAACCAGGCUGUCAGGGACUUCGCCAAAGAGAUCGAUGCUUCCAAUAUUCGCAUAGAGAGAGUCAUUGGAGCGGGAGAGUUUGGGGAGGUUUGCAGUGGUCGACUGCGUGUUCAGGGAAAGAGGGAAAUCUACGUAGCCAUCAAGAGUCUGAAGGCGGGAUACUCUGACAAACAGAGGAGGGACUUCCUGUCUGAAGCCUCCAUCAUGGGCCAGUUUGACCACCCGAACAUCAUCAGGCUGGAGGGUGUCGUGACAAGAUGUAAACCAGUGAUGAUCAUAACCGAGUUCAUGGAAAACGGAUCUCUGGACACUUUUCUCAAGAAACAUGACGGCCAGUUCACGGUGAUCCAGCUGGUCGGCAUGCUGCGGGGCAUCGCCUCAGGUAUGAAGUACCUGUCAGACAUGAGCUACGUUCACCGAGACCUGGCAGCUCGAAACAUCCUGGUCAACAGCAACCUGGUGUGUAAGGUGUCUGACUUUGGCCUGAGUCGAGUUCUGGAGGACGACCCCGAGGCCGCCUACACUACAAGGGGAGGGAAGAUCCCCAUCAGAUGGACGGCUCCGGAGGCCAUCGCCUACAGGAAGUUCACCUCAGCCAGCGAUGUGUGGAGUUACGGUAUCGUCAUGUGGGAGGUGAUUUCCUACGGAGAGAGACCCUACUGGGAGAUGUCCAACCAGGAUGUGAUCAAAGCAAUAGAUGAGGGCUACCGUCUUCCCGCUCCUAUGGACUGUCCUGUGGUGUUACACCAGCUCAUGCUGGACUGCUGGGAGAAGGGACGCAGCGACAGGCCAAAGUUCGGACAGAUUGUCACAAUCCUGGACAAGCUCAUCAGAAACCCAGCCAGCCUCAGAGAGCUGGCCAACAGCUCAGCAUGGUCAUCUGUCCUGCUGGAGGACCCCACCACCCCAGAGUUCAGUGUGAGCACAGUGGAUGAGUGGUUGGAGGCCAUCAAGAUGGGCCAGUAUAAGGAGAGCUUUUCCAGUGCUGGAUAUGUCAGCUUGGACUCAAUCCUCUACAUCAGUGUCAGUGAAUUGGCUAAGAUGGGUGUGACUCUUGCCGGGCACCAGAAGAAGAUUUUGUCCAGCGUGCAGAGCUUGCAGACCCAGGGGACGCACGUCCAAGUAUAACAGUUUCCACAUAAACACACAGUGAGACAGAGCCGAAAUGGAUGCUCCUGUGAAGAGUUUCCCCACUGAAAUGGAAGUUGUAAUGGAUACUCUGUGCUCGGGGCCUCCACUGAUUUCGAGACACACUGAGAUGGAGACAACAUGGACGCUUGACUCCUUCACCUUCUUGCAGUUUCACCAUUCUCCCCAUCCUCGAUGGGCACUCGCGGCUUUAGCACUCAAAGUCCAAGCAACACAUCCACCAUUACAGAGCAACAGAGAGACACACGUCCAACAACAACAAUAAGGCCACAUCUAGAGCACCCCAGACCAUU